AUGGAGCGCCAACCCGCCGACAUCAUCGACCUGACUUCCCCGGAGCGGGCAGAGGACAGCGACGAUGAGGUGCAGCUGAUCGAGGCCCCCUCUGCGCCGCCCGUCGCGCCGCCGCCCGCUGUGGCUGCCGGCGCCGACGCGGACGCCGAGGUGGAGCUCGUGGGCUCGCGCGGCGUGAAUGCUGCUCGCGACCUGCCGCACCGGCGCGAAGACUGCCUGCACCACCCCUUCUCCGCCGGACGCGAAGCGGCGCACUGUCCCCUGUGCUACUGCGCCGAGUGCGACGGCCUCGCGAAUUUGGCCGCUCCGCCGGCGGAGCUGCUCUGCCCUUGCUGCUCGGAGCACCUGCCGCCCGGCGGGUGGCAGCGCGAGGGGGCUAGCCCCGCGGUCUCCUUUCUCUGCGCCACGUGCCUCGCCGCGCUCGACGCCGCGCUGGACUAG